AGUUUGUCAGUGUCAUAUUGUCCUUUUUUUAUACUAAUUCAUUCCCUGCCGCUCCUAAUAAUACAAUGGCUGUUUCGAUGCGAAUUCUUUCCAAAUUAAGAGAUGGGGUUGUACUUGGCGGCGUCAGAUUUAGCUCCUGUUCAACAUCAUCUUCAACAUACACUCAGACCAGGAAAAAUUUGGUGCUUACAAGUGAAACAAAAGUUAUUGUACAGGGAUUUACUGGAAAACAAGGAACCUUUCACAGCCAACAAGCCCUCGAUUAUGGCACGAAAAUUGUUGGUGGAGUGUCACCCAAAAAAGCGGGAAUCGAACAUCUUGGGAAGCCAGUAUUUGCAACAGUCAAGGAAGCAAAAGCUGCAACAAAUGCUGAUGCAUCAGUAAUCUAUGUACCACCUGCAGGAGCGGCCAAAGCCAUUAUGGAAGCAAUUGAGGCAGAAAUGGGUCUGAUUGUUUGUAUAACGGAAGGACUUCCACAACACGACAUGGUACGGGUGAAGCAUGCAUUGCUGAGGCAGAACAAAUCGCGACUGAUUGGCCCUAAUUGCCCUGGCAUCAUCGCGCCAGGACAGUGCAAGAUCGGCAUUAUGCCAGCUGCUGUGCAUAAAAAGGGUUCCAUAGGUGUUGUCUCACGUUCCGGUACACUUACCUAUGAAGCUGUCAACCAGACUACAAUGACUGGUUUGGGUCAAAUGCUCUGCGUUGGGAUUGGCGGUGAUCCAUUCAACGGCACUGAUUUUAUUGACUGCCUGGAGGUGUUUCUGGGCGCUCCCGAAUGCAAGGGUAUCGUCCUUAUAGGUGAAAUUGGUGGUCAAGCGGAAGAAAUGGCUGCUGAUUAUCUUAUCCAGUUUAACACUGGCCAGAAGGCAAAGCCUGUAGUGUCCUUCAUCGCAGGUCUAACUGCACCGCCUGGUCGGCGCAUGGGCCACGCCGGCGCCAUCAUCUCCGGCGGUAAAGGCGGCGCUAUGGAUAAAAUCAAAGCGCUAGAGAAGGCCAACGUUAUCGUCACGCGUUCGCCAGCCAAAAUGGGAGAAGAACUUUUUAAAGAGAUGAAACGACUAGAAAUUGUUUAAGUAACACAUUUUUAUGAAAUCAAACACUUAUAUAAUUUAUAUAAUUACUUUGUAUAGCCAUUUGGUAAUUAUAUAGGUAUUAUUUAUUGAUCAUGGUUGUUUCAGUCAAUGUAACUGUAGUUAAACACAAAACAGCGCCGACUUUGCAGAAUUUGUUUCUAUAACAGGUAGAUUUUUGCUCUUCAUCUAUCCAUGUAUUUCUUUCCCUAAAUGGGGUUUUUAGAAAUGUUUAAAUCUCUUGAUGUGAAACUUGCACGAAAAUAUUAGAAGAGCACUUUACUCCAAUAGUAGUAUUAAGUAUACCUAAUUAAAAUUAUAAAUAUUAAGUGUUAUACUCGUAAAUGAUAAAUUUUUCGAUUCUUUAAGGUAAUGAAAUCGAUUGUUCUAUGGUUAUGAUG